AGGAAGCUGUAACUCCCAGAGCUUUCUGAGGAUCUGUGAAGUAAAACAGAACUGCUUACUUCUCUGCAUCCCAUGUUUCAUGCAAGUUUUGCAAUAUUCAUUCCUUUAUAAGUAGAAGGCCCUGAAGUUACACAGAUUAAGAUUGAUUGAAAGAAGGGUUCAGCAUGAAUUUCUCUGCAUGGCUGCAUCUCGUGGCGAUGCUGGUUCAACUUUGGCCCUGCUCUCCCAGAACACUGAAUUCCAGCAUUCAAAACACAGUUCAGUCUUUCACAGCAGCUCGAAGAGUGAAACGUGCCUGGCUGUGGGAGCCCCUUUUCGUAACUGAGGAACAGAUAUCACUGGAUAUUGCAUAUGUUGGACAGCUGAAAACGGAUUUAGACAAGCAGGAUGGCAGCUUAAAAUACAUUUUGACUGGCGAGGGAGCUGGAAGCAUUUUUGUCAUCGAUGAAUAUAACGGCAAAAUUUAUGUAACACAAAAGCUGGAUCGAGAAAAGAAACCUUUCUACAUUCUGGGAGCACAAGCAAUUAACAGGAGCACUCAGCUUCCUGUUGARCCUGGAUCAGAAUUUAUCAUCAAGGUUCGAGAUAUAAAUGACAAUAAACCUCAGUUCUUGGAUGGACCUUAUGUGGCCACUGUUCCAGAGAUGUCACCUGAAGGUACUUCGGUUACACAGGUAACAGCUACAGAUGCUGAUGAUCCUUCUUAUGGGAAUAAUGCUCGYCUGCUUUACAGUCUCAUUCAGGGACAGCCUUAUUUCUCUGUGGAGCCAACAACAGGGGUCAUCAGAAUGGCUUCCCAAAUGGACAGAGAAACAAAAGAUCAGUAUUUGGUCAUCAUCCAAGCCAAAGAUAUGGUUGGGCARCCAGGAGCUUUUUCUGCAACAGCCACCGUUACCAUCAACCUCUCCGACGUCAAUGACAAUCCACCUAAAUUUCCACARCGACUCUACUACAUGAGUGUCUCUGAAGAUGCCCCUGUGGGCACCACUAUAGGCAAAGUCUCUGCAGAAGACAGCGACGUAGGGGACAACGCAGCCAUGGACUAUUUCAUCGAAGGAGAUAGCUCGGAUGUUUUUGACAUCAUUACUAACAGUGAGACUCAAGAAGGAAUUAUCUUACUGAAAAAGAGAGUGGAUUAUGAAAGGAGAAGGAGAUACAGUAUUCAAGCAAAAGCUGUAAACAGAUACAUUGAUGAGCRUUUUUUGAAAGAAGGGCCAUUUGAAGACACAACCAUUGUCAAAAUCAACGUGGAAGAUGCUGAUGAGCCCCCAGUUUUCACCUCAGAGAGCUAUGUGAUGGAGAUCGAUGAAGGGGCUGCGAGAGACUCCGUGGUGGGGGUUGUAACUGCGAGAGAUCCAGACCAUGAUGACAGUCCAGUCAGGUACUCUAUUGUCCACAGCACGUAUUUAAAGAGGCUGUUCAGCAUCAAUGAACAUAAUGGAACAAUCAUUACCACUGAACCUCUGGACCGAGAGAUAGUUUCUUGGCACAACAUAACUGUUACAGCCACAGAAACAAGAAAUCCUGAAAAAAUUUCAGAAGCAAAUGUGUAUGUCCAUGUUCUCGAUGUUAAUGAUAAUGCACCAGAAUUCCCUAAAAAUUAUGAAACAUUUGUUUGUGAAAAUGCAGUUUCUGGACAGCUAAUUCAAAGCAUCAGUGCUGUGGAUAAAGAUGACUCAGCAGAAGGUCACCAUUUUUAUUUCUCAUUGGCUCGGGAGGCCACAAAUGGCUCACAUUUUACAGUCAAAGACAAUCAAGAUAACACAGCUGGAAUUUUCAYGGAAAAAAGUGGCUUCAGGAGGCAGGAGCAGGUCUUUUUCUACCUGCCAAUUUUAAUUGAGGAUAAUGGAAUCCCACCACUGACAAGCACAAACACCCUCACUGUCACUGUCUGCGACUGUGACACUGAAGUGAACACCUUCUACUGCCGAUAUGGAGCUUUCAUGUAUUCCUUAGGUCUCACCACAGAGGCUUUAGUUGCUAUUUUGGCUUGCAUAUUAUUAUUCCUAGUGUUCAUUCUGGCAAUUGUAGCGAUAAGGCAGCAAAAGAAAAAGAAGCCUCCCUUUUCAGAGAAGGUGGAAGAAUUCAGAGAGAACAUUGUCAGUUACGAUGACGAAGGRGGUGGCGAGGAGGACACGGAAGCCUUUGAUAUUUCAGCACUGAGGACACGCGCUGUCAUGAGAACGCACAAACCUCGGAAGAAGGUGGUCUCUGAAAUCCAGAGCCUCUACAGACAGUCUCUGCAGGUCGGCCCAGACAGUGCAAUCUUCAGGCAAUUCAUUUCAGAAAAGCUCGAAGAAGCAAAUACAGAUCCAAGUGUUCCUCCCUAUGACUCACUCCAGACCUACGCGUUCGAGGGGACCGGCUCUUUGGCAGGAUCCCUCAGCUCGCUGGGUUCAAACUCUUCAGACAUGGAUCAGAAUUAUGACUACCUUGCAGACUGGGGACCUCACUUCAAACAGCUUGCUGGAAUGUACACUUCCCACAGAAGUGUGGGGGAUUAGGCACUCUUUGUUUUUUUUUUUUAUUUCCCUAAGUCUCAGCAACCAAACGCAACCGUGGAUUUUUACAAAAGAGAUCAUCCCACAUAUGAACGUGAAAWAUAAGACCCCAAGGGUUUUAAUAUAGAAAGUCUUGGAUGUGGAAAUCUUUUGAAAAAUYACACCAGGGGUGUUAUGACAUGAAGGAGUGGAGGUUCUCGUUUGAAAACCUUGUGAUUAUCAAGCUGUUUGAAUGCUGUGCUGCUUUGGAUAUCUGGGUUCUCUUCUGGAUACUGAAAUACAGAUCUGCAACAAAGGAGGAGUAGAAGCCAUAAAUGGAUGUUGUAAACAUUCUGUCAUCCAUAAGCUUUAAACAGUUUCCAAAGUUGACAGACUUUUGCUGUUGCAGUUCAAUACACACAUUAACCAAAGUUAAACACGCAUAUUUGUAUAAUGCUUCAUUAUAUAAAUAUAAUUGUGUGAAAAGUAGACCCUAGAUAUUCUAAUACCAUUGUCAGAAGUGCUCACAAAAUUAUCUAUUUAUUGUUCUUAGAAUGAUAAAACUAAAACAAAUGUCUUUUCCUAUCAGUAUAAAAAUAAAAACUCAUUACAACAUCAGCAAGUAUUUGCUGCCAUUUUAGUUUUUAAUGAAGCUAKUGGAAAAUGUGUAAACCAAUACUUAAUUUAGCAAAUAAGAUAGGAAAAAGAAUCAAUAUUUAACUUAAAUACUGCAAUCGACCACAUUAUAUAUUACUGCACUUAGAACAAAAUGCUGUCCAAAUACAGACAUUUUGCCUUUUAUUAAGAGUUUAAAGGAUGACUGAUUUACCAGCACAGAUUUAUUUUUUUAUUAUGGAAUAUAAAAUUAGCUGCAGUAGUCAGUUUUAUUAUAACAAUAUUAAGAAUCUUUAAAAUGYUAAACUGAUGGUUAUAAAACUUUAUG